AUGGCCGCGAGGUUUUCUCGAUACUGGUACAUGAAGCGUGUAUCUGAGGGAAGUUUCCACAAGCUGAAUAUUCAACUUCACCGACAACAUGGCCCAAUUGUAAGAAUCGCGCCGAAUCAGUUCAGCAUCGACGACCCAGAGGCGACAAAGGUCAUUUACGGCCUUGCCAAGGGUUUUGUAAAAUCAGAAUGGUACAAGGCAUCCGGCGACCCUUUCGCACCACAUACGGAUUUGUUUACCGACCUGAAUCCCACACGGCAUGCCUCAAACCGAAGGCUAGUGGCAAACUUGUACUCGGCGACAUCCCUGCGGAAUAUGGAGGGUGAUGUUGACGAAUGCAUUGAUAUGCUCGUCACGCGCCUUGAUCAACUUGCCAAGUCUAGGCAAGCAUUCGACUUGCAGUUUUGGAUGCAAAGCUAUGCAUUUGAUGUCAUUGGGCAAAUCACAUUGGGGAAGAGAUUCGGCAUACUCGACGAGGGUGCCGACAAAGACGACAUCUUUGGCAACCUGCAUGAGUAUCUGAAGUAUUGUGCCGUGAUUGGGGUUUACAACGAGCUCCACCGCUUUCUGUUCUGGCUAAUGACCAAGUUUCCAACCAAAAGUCUGACUCGCAUAGGGACAUUCACCGUGGAGCAAAUCGAACUGUCAAGAAGCCGUCGUAAGAACGAUCCUGAUUCAAAGACCCGGAUGGAUUUCUUGUCUAGGACCAUGGGGCUGCAUGAAGACAACCCUGCCAAGUUCCCGCUUGCUGCGGUUCAGUCAACGUGUCUCGUGAACAUCGGAGCAGGGUCUGAUACGACGUCGAUUUCUCUAUGUUCCAUUCUGUACAACCUAAUGACUCAUCCAGAUGUCCUCCAAAAGCUGCGGGAUGAGAUUGAUCAGAAGCUGGAGGAACUUGGUGACGCGACUCGAAUCCCUUUCAAGGACACACAAGCGAUGCCGUAUCUUCAAGCAUGCAUCAAGGAAGCCUUGAGGCUCCACCCGGCUACCGGCCUCCCCCUUGCGAGGGUCGUUCCUCAAGGCGGUGCCACCAUUAGCGGCACUUACUUCCCUGAGGGUACUGUUGUUGGCAUUAAUACUUGGGUGGCGCAUAGAAAUCCCCAAGUGUUUGGAGAGGACGUGGAGGCUUUCCGGCCAGAGCGAUGGCUGGACUCGGACAAGCAGAGGCUCUCGACAAUGGAGUCAUGCUGGAUGCCCUUCGGAGCUGGAUCUCGCACCUGCAUUGGCAAGAACAUUAGCUUGCUAGAGAUGAACAAGCUAGUCCCUGUGCUCGUCAGGGAGUUUGACUUUGUGGCCUACGAUCCUAGUAAGGUUACUCACGAGGACUAUUGGUUGGUUAAGCAACGAAACAUGAUGUGCAAGGUAUCUCGCAGAGGUCCACGUGAGAUGGACAUUGUCACCAUGGUGAACAACACAUCAACACAGACACCACAUUCAUAG